AUGUCGAGUGAAAAGCCAAUUCUUUACACAUAUUACAGGUCAUCUUGUGCUUGGAGAGUUCGUACAUGUUUGAAUUGGAAGGGAAUUGACUGUGAAUAUUGUUUCGUUAGUAUACUCAAAGAAGAACAGAAAGAAGAGAAAUAUUCUGAUAUGAAUCCAUAUAAACUCGUUCCAACUUUAAAAAUUGAUGGAAUUGUAUUAACUCAAUCAGUUGCGAUAAUUGAAUAUUUGGAAGAAACUCGACCAGAGAAGCCGUUAUUACCCAAAGAUCCACAUAAAAGAGCUUUGGUUAGAUCUCUAGUUCAAGCGAUUGCCGGUGACAUUCAACCACUCCAAAAUUUAAGAAUUUUAUUAAAUAUUGAAAGUUUAGGAGGUGAUAAAAAGGAAUGGGCUAAAAGUUGUAUUAGUAAUGGUUUUGAAGGAGUUGAAAAACAACUUGCAAAAACAUCUGGUAAAUUUUGUGUUGGUGAUGAAGUUACUUUGGCAGAUAUUUGCCUUUUACCACAGGUUUAUAAUGCUAACAGAUAUGAGAUUGACAUGACAAAAUUCCCUCUAAUUCAACGAAUUGCUAAUGAUUUGUCCGAAUUGGAAGCAUUUAAAAAAGCUCAUCCGGAUAAUCAAGCCGAUUGUAAUAGUGAAAGCAACACAAGUUCACCAAAUCACCCCCAACCCACUUAUGAAAAUAUAAUAAGGGAUGAGUCCCUUAAAAAAAUUGCUCCCCGACCCCCCGAAGGGGGUCGUGGAGACAGAUUAUUGGUAUAG